AUGUCGCCAUCAAUCUCUGAGAAAGCCUCUGCCGACUUCAUCGAGAACGAGUCCAGUCAAGAACCAAGAAUCGAUGCUGAACACAACUUGAACGUCGAUCCUGCUUUCGCCAAGCGCACCAUGCGUAGGAUCGACCUGCAUCUUCUUCCCAUCCUCGCUGUCUUGUACUCCAUCUCACUCAUUGAUCGAGUUAACAUCUCAAAUGCAUAUGUUGCUGGCAUGGCUCGGGAUCUAGAACUACAAAUAGGUACACGGUACUCCUUGGCAACUUUGAUCUUCUUCGUUCCAUACAUCAUCUUCGAACUUCCCUCCAACAUCUUGAUUCGCAAGAUUGGAGCUGCGCGCUGGAUCGGAAGCAUCACUUUCUUAUGGGGUUCUGUGAUGAUCGGGAUGGCCUUCGUCAAGAACUGGUGGCAACUCGUCGUCUGCCGUGCAAUCCUUGGUGUCCUAGAGGCUGGCUUCUUCCCUGCUUGCACCUACAUCAUCAGUACAUGGUAUAUCCGACGUGAAGUGCAGAAGCGCAUGACUGGUUUCUACGUCGUCUCCGUUAUGAUUAGCGGUUUCUCUUCAGCAAUGGCCGGUGGUAUUGCUGAACUCGAAGGGACUAGCAACAUGGGCGGCUGGCAAUGGAUUUUCUUGAUCUUUGGACUCAUCACAGUCGUUGGAGCUGUCGCGGCAUAUCUACUCGUCCAGGAUUUCCCGGAUAAGAAUACUUUCUUGUCUCCCGAGCAGACGUCCUGGGUGCUCGCUCGCAUUGAUGCUGAUCGAUCAGACGCUCAAUACGAUCACUGGACCAUGAAGAAGUUCUGGUCAUACAUGGUGGACCCCCAUUUGUGGUCCUUUGCCGUCUUGUUCGGUGCCGUCUGCACUACCACAUAUGCUUUCGCUUACUUCCUCCCCAUCAUCCUUGUACAAGGAAUGGGUUAUACAACUCUUGAUGCUCAACUCCUCACCGCACCACCAUACGUCUUUGCCGCCAUCUUCUCCUUCUCCUUGGCCAUCCUCAGUGAUAAGACAGGGUACCGCGGACCGUUCAUCAUCUUCCAGUCUAUCGUUGCCAUCGUCGGUCUAUGCUUGACCGCUUUCCACACCAACAAUGCUGUCCGAUACUUCGGUGUCUUCCUCGGUAUCGGUGGUGGAUCUGCCAACGUCGCCUCUAUCCUUGGUUACCUCCAAAACAACACCUCGGGCUAUUCAAGACGAGGCUUCGCCACUGCUAUCACGAUCGGUGGAGGAGGUGUUGGUGGAAUUAUCGCUUCGACUGUCUUCCGCUCCAAGGAUGCUCCAGGAUACCGACCGGGCUUGUGGGUGGUCAUUGGCGCUCAACUCCUCAUCAUUUCCACUAUUUGCGCGAACUCCUUCUACUACUACACCAAGAACAAGGCCGUCCGCGAGGGCCGCUCGGACGCCAUCCAAGGCCGCCCAGGAUUCUUCUACACAUUCUAG